AUGGUGCCCUCGCUGUGGAAGGGGCUGGUGGGCGUCGGCCUUUUUGCCCUAGCCCACGCAGCCUUCUCCGCCGCCCAGCAUCGUUCUUACAUGCGAUUAACAGAAAAGGAGGAUGAGUCCCUGCCCAUAGAUAUAGUUCUUCAGAUCCUCCUGGCUUUCGCAGUUACGUGUUACGGCAUAGUUCAUAUCGCAGGGGAGUUUAAAGAUAUGGAUGCUACGUCAGAACUAAAAAAUAAGACCUUCGACACAUUACGGAAUCACCCAUCGUUUUACGUCUUCAAUCAUCGGGGUAGAGUACUGUUCCAGCCUUCGGAUGCAACAAAUUCUUCAAACCAAGAUGCGUUGUCUUCUAACACAUCCUUGAAGUUACGGAAACUCGAAUCACUGCAUCGCUGA